AUGCACCACGAGUUUGUCGAUACAGUUUUAGUUGGUAAAGACGUGGUAAAGGCAGGAGAGAACGACCCGAGUGGAGGGACACCAUCAUCAAACACACCAAACACCGCCAGGAUGAGAGAAGCCGGAGCUCCCGGCGCAAACGCUGGCGCUGAGGAGAAGUGCCCAGUCGACCAUAAAACCCGCGAGCUGUGGAUGCAGCAGGCGAGGGCAAAGGAGGAAGCAGCACAGAAUGCCAGCAACAAGUCAAGACCACCAGUACCAGAACCCUCCACACAGCCGCAACAACCACAGCAGUCUUCCUCGUGGACAUCAUGGCUGCGCCUCCCCUCCUUCUCUUCCCCCACCUCGACAGAGUCCGCCUCCACAACCCCGCUAAAGCCCCGCGCCUCUGUCCUCGACGAGGUCCGUGAAGUUUCCUCUAUCCCCCGGUCCAGAGACACAGGUCCAUCCGCCUGUCCCCAGAAUAGCGAGCAGGAAACCGGCACGUCUGAGUCGGGCCAUUGGAUCUACCCAUCAGAAAAGCAGUUUUUCGAGGCCAUGAGGAGGAAAGGCUUCACCUCGGCCCAGGCGAAGGACAUGAAAACUGUUGUGCCCAUCCACAACGCCGUCAACGAGCGCGCCUGGGCUGAGAUUCUGAAGUGGGAGGCCCACUACGACUCGAAAUCCUGCGGCGGUCCAAGGUUGUACUCGUUUGCGGGAGAAAAGGGGAAAAUGACGCCCAAGGCGAGGAUCAACACUCUGCUGGGGUAUACAGCGCCGUUUGACAGGCACGAUUGGAUCGUGGACAGGUGCGGAACAAAGGUGGAAUACGUGAUUGACUUUUACUCGGGGCGGGAUACGUCAGGUGGAGGGAAGCUGAACUUUUACCUGGAUGUCAGGCCGAAGCUCAACACCUGGGAGGGUGUCAAGAUGAGGGCGCUAAGGGCUACUGGGCUGGCUUAA